AUGACAUUGCAUAUUUUCCCCUGUUCUUAUUGGGAGAAGGCCCUGUGUGUCACUCAGUUGCUAAAUCACCCUAGAGGUUCUCAGAAGGGACCUGUCAGUUUUAGGUUUAAAGAACCCAGAAAGAGAAGGACUAUAGGGGAACUGAUGGUGUUCCUGUUACCUCUCAUCGUUGUAGUAAUGGUGAAGCACAGCGAUUCCCGGACGCACUCUCUGAGAUAUUUUCGCCUGGGCGUUUCGGAUCCUGGCCAUGGGGUCCCUGAAUUUAUUUCAGUUGGGUAUGUGGACUCGCAGCCUAUCACCACAUAUGACAGUGUCACUCGGCAGAAGGAGCCGCGGGCCCCGUGGAUGGCAGAGAACCUCGCGCCUGAUCACUGGGAGAGGUAUACUCAGCUGCUGAGGGGCUGGCAGCAGACAUUCAAGGUGGAACUGAAGCGCCUGCAGAGGUACUACAAUCACUCAGGGUCUCACACUUACCAGAGAAUGAUUGGCUGUGAGCUGCUGGAGGAUGGAAGCACCACAGGAUUUCUGCAGUAUGCAUAUGACGGGCAGGAUUUCCUGAUCUUCAAUAAAGACAGCCUCUCCUGGCUGGCUGUAGAUAAUGUGGCUCACACCGUCAAGCGGGCAUGGGAGGCCAAUCAGCAUGAGUUGCAAUAUCAAAAGAAUUGGCUGGAAAAAGAAUGUAUUGCCUGGUUAAAGAGAUUCCUGGAGUAUGGGAACGACACCCUACAAAGAACAGAGCCCCCACUGGUCAGAGUGAAUCGCAAAGAAACUUUCCCAGGGGUUACAACUCUCUUCUGCAAAGCUCAUGGCUUUUACCCCCCAGAAAUUUACAUGACAUGGAUGAAAAACGGGGAAGAAAUUGUCCAAGAAAUGGAUUAUGGAGACAUUCUUCCCAGUGGGGAUGGAACCUAUCAGACGUGGGCAUCAGUUGAACUUGAUCCUAAGAGCAGCAACCUUUACUCCUGCCAUGUGGAGCACUGCAGUGUCCAUAUGGUUCUUCAGGUCCCCCAGGAAUCAGAAACUAUCCCUCUCGUAAUGAAAGCUGUCUCUGGGUCCAUUAUCCUUGUCAUUGUGCUGGCUGGAGUUGGUGUUCUAGUCUGGAGAAGAAGGCCCCGAGAGCAAAAUGGAGCCAUGUACCUUCCGACACCAGAUCGAUGAUUGCAGAUCCCUCUUUUCCAGUUCUCUUUCCUGUAGGAGCCAUGUUCUCCUCUGUCCCCCAUAGACUCAAACCCAGUGCUUGAAGCUCCUGACCACACCCACAACAUACAUGAGGGUAAUGGGAUUGAGCAUUUAUGGCAGCAACAUAGGAGCCACAAAAUGUUCUUUGUUCUUUGGCUCCAAAAAGACUGUCAGAUUUCAGCCUCUUUUGAUGGACUGUUUUAUCACAGUUGACUUUAAAUACAGCUUGUCUGAUGACACAACACUUCCCUACAUUCCGUUUGUCAAUGAUGAUUUGCAACUAGUUGGAGAUUCUCAGAGCAGGAAGGAAUCUUUUCAUCCAGAGCAGGAACUGUCUUCUGCAAUGCCUUGGACUUGAGCCUCCAGCCUCCACUUGAACACCAUGUGAAGGGAACCUCAAUACCUCAUAAAAUGGCCUUUCUCAUUCAUCUUCUUUCAUGGGAACAUUAUUGUACCAGAGCUUUGAAUAUCAUGAGCACCAUGACUGUGACCCUGCAGGUAGGAUUGGAUCACCCCAUGAAAGUAGCCAGCAGGUUUCUACAAUGGCCUGGGAAUGGACUGAUUAUUAUUAUACAUUUUCUGGCCUGAGAGAAAGCCAGAGUCCCCUGCUGUUAACAGCAACCCUGCCUGGGAGCUUGGAAUCUUGGUAAUCUGCCCAAUUGGAUCUAUGGAGGUAGUCUCACCCUUUUUUUCUUUUGUGGGAAAUUAAGAGAAAUAAUUAUCAGACAUACCAUCACUUCCAGUGGAACUACAGAGACCUGGACCCAGCUGCACUAUUUUAGUGUAAAAAUAAUGGUAUGGCUGGGUGCAGUGGCUCACGCCUGUAAUCCCAACACUUUGAGAGGCCAAGGCGGGCAGAUCACAAGGUCAGGAGAUUGAGACCAUCCUGGUCAACAUGGUAAAACCCUGUCUCUACUAAAAUACAGAAAAUUAGCUGGGCAUGGUGUUGUGUGCCUGUAGUCCCAGCUACUCAGGAGGCUGAGGCAGGGGAAUUGCUUGAACCCGGGAGGGGGAGAUUGCAGUGAGCUGAGAUCGGACCACUGCACUCCAGCCUGGCGACAGAGUGAGACUGUGUCUCAAAAUAAUAAUAACAACAACAACAACAACAGCAGCAGCAGCAGCAGCAGUAUGUUUGGUGUCAGGAGAGGCUCAAUUCUCAUUUCUGCCUUUCCCAUGCUGACUCAUGGUAGCUGGGCAUGACUUGCCUUCCUGCAUAGGCUUAGUCUUCAUACAUAUGCACUGGGAAUCAAUAGAAGCCCAUGGUGAGGAUGAACAUCCCCUUAGUGUUUCUUACUCUGCCCAAUCCCUGAGGCCUCACCUGACUCACCUCCUGCCCUGCCGUGUAGAGCUACCUGCCCUGGGGCUGCCAGUCACACAUUCCUUGGUCACACUUCUCUGACCCCGUUUUGAAUCUGCACCUGAGCCUAAUGCUUACUUCAGUGAUCCCAACUUUGACAAGUGGCUUUUCUCCUGCACCUCAGGUUUGACCUCUGCUCUCCCUUGACCUUGACUGUGACAUUUGACCUUUGGCUUUAAGCAUUACAGCCUCAGAUAAAGAUACCUUCAGCCCAGGCACAGUGGCUCACGCCUAUAAUCCUAGCUCUUUGGGAGACUGAGACAGGCAGAUUCCCUGAGCUCAGGAGUUCAAGACCAGCCUGGGCAACACGGGGAAACCCUGUCUCUACUAAAAUACAAAAAAUUAUCCGGGCGUGGUGGCGUGUGCCCAUAGUCCCAGCUACUCGGGAGGCUAAGGCAGGAGAAUCACUUGAACCUAGAAGGCGGAGGUUACAGUGAGCCGAGAUCACACCACUGCACUCCAGCCUGGGCAACAGAGCAAGACUCGUCUCCAAAAAAAAAAAAAAAGAUACCCUCAGUGUGUCAGGCCUCUAAGAGCUCACCUGCCAGGCUUCUUCCUUGCUCCACUGUCCCAUUUAAUUCCACAUAUGAAGCUACCACUGUACAUCUCUCUUUUCCAGUGCCUGUUGAGUUGCAUAGAAGCACAGUUGUGUUUAUUUUGUUUUUAGGGUUGCCAUGGGCAAUUUCCAUGCCAUCUUUUAAGCAGUGUUGCACUGUGAAGAGAAUAUAGGCAAGUUUAUUUCUGGAAUGGCUUCUUCUUACAAUCAGAAUAGUUAGGAUGUAAUAUAUUUUUGGAUGGGCAUUUAAAGUGAAAAGGUACAUAUUCACAAAGACAUAGGUGAGGAUGUAUCUGUGUAAAUGCCUUUUGAUUCUGCAACUGCAGGAUACUCUCAUCAAAGACACAGAUAGUCAAAAACCUCUUUGUGUUCCCAAGGCCUUGCCCUACACCUAACACGUAAUAUGUCCAAAUGGAUGAAGAAGAGGAGGCAAGGACAAGGAUGUGAUGACCAAACAUUCUGUUAUGCAUUUGCAGCAUUUAUGUUUCUUCCUGGGGGAUUUUAUAAUAUACAAAGAAUCAUAAUAUAAAGAGAUGAUUUAAAAAAAAAAAUACUGCCAGGCAUGGUGGCUCAUGCCUGUAAUCCCAGCAAUUUGGGAGGCCAAGGUGGGUGGAUCACCUGAGGUCGGGAGUUCAAGAAUAGCCUGACCAACAUGGAGAAACCCUGUCUCUACUAAAAAUACAAAAUUAGCCGGGGAUGGUGGUGCAUGCCCGUAAUCCCAGCUACUGGGGAGUCUGAGGCAGAAGAAUCACUUGAACCCGGGAGGCGGAGGUUGUUGUGAGCUGAGAUCGCACCAUUGCACUCUAGCCUGGGUAAAGAGAGUAAAAUUCCAUCUUAAAAAAAUAAAAAUAAAAUAUAUAAAUAAUACCUAAAAUGUUACAACCUUCAUUUUACUGUAGAUGGUUCAAGAUUCUAUUAGUUCUUAAUUAUUUUAGCCCUGUUAUCGCUUCAUUACUUCAUGAUUGUUGAGUACAGAUGCUCAGUAAUCAUAACCUAUGGAAUAUUUGAUAUCAUGAUCUAAAUAAACAUUAAAAACAAA